AUGCAAGACGUCGUUAUGAUCUGGCUCGACAAUCAUAUUGAUCAUAAUAAUGCUGAUUGCCAGUUAACAAUUGCACAACUUGAACACAUUACUGACAAUGUCACUACAUUCACGGAUAAUGAUGAAUGUGUCGAAUAUAUACUCAAUUGUAAUGACCAUCAAGUCUAUCUAAUCGUUUCUGGUGCACUUGGACAAUAUCUUGUUCGUUGUAUCCACGACAUUCCUCUAUUACACUCGAUUUUCAUCUUUUGUCAAAACAAAUCAUACCAUGAACAAUGGGCUAAACAUUGGAACAAGAUCAAAGAUGUUUUCACUGAUAUAACAUCACUCUGCCAAGCCAUUCAGAACACACUUCCCCAAGAUGAGCCCAAUGUCACACCAAUCAGUUUUGUACCAUCUGGCAAAAGACUGGAUCUGCUCAAUCCAUCUUUCAUGUACACACAACUCUUCAAAGAGAUCUUGUUAACCAUCGAAUUCGAAGACAAACACAUCGAAGAGUUUGUCAAGCAUCAUCCUGGACUAAUCACUCUCAAUGGUACACAUUCUACUGAUGUUAAGCAAUUAGUACGUGAUUAUCGUGCAAAGAAACCCAUCUGGUGGUACACAAGAGAUAAUUCGUUGCAUUCCAUGCUCAACGAUGCGCUACGAAUCAUGGAUGGUGAUGUUUUAGUUCGAAUGGGGUUCUUCGUCACUGAUCUUCAUCGCAACAUUGAACAGUUACACAAAGAACAGUUUGUUAACACAACUUGGAGUUCUCUUGUGUUUACAGUAUAUCGCGGACAAGGCCUAUCUCACACAGAUUUUGAAGAACUAAGAAACACAAAAGGCGGAUUGAUGUCAUUCAACAGCUUCUUCUCUACCAGUACGAAACGUGACAUCUCGUCUCUCUACGCGGAAAGUAACGCAAACAAUCCCAAGUUAGUAGGAAUUCUCUUCACAAUACAGGUCGAUCCUUCUCAGUCAACAACACCGUUUGCCUUUGUUGGGAAUCAUGGUCGUUUCUUACAAGAAAGCGAACUCUUGUUUUCAAUGCACACCGUGUUUCGCAUACAUGACAUCAAAGUCAUUGACACUGAUCGACCACUCUAUGAAGUGAAUAUCUCGUUGACUCUUGAUUCUGACGAAGAGUUACGCACACUGACUGCUCAUAUUCGUCGCGAGAGCCAUCUCGAUGGUAAAGGUUGGACGCCAUUAGGCCAACUGCUGAUUCAGCUAGGUCAACAUGACACAGCUGAGCCGAUUUACACUGCUUUACUCAACCAAACAUCAGAUGACAGUGAUGCGGGACUGAUCUAUCAUCAACUUGGUUGUAUCCGAUACGAACAAGGCUUGUUUGAGGAAGCCGUAACAUUAUAUGCCAAAUCACGUGUGCUUCUUGAGAAAUCACUUCCUGCAAACCAUCCUAGUAUAGCCACAUCUUUUGGUAGCAUCGGCUCGGUGUAUGACAGUAUGGGUGAUUAUCGAAAAGCACUCGAAUACUAUGAGAAAACUCUUUCGAUUCAACAACAAUCACUUCCUGCAAACCAUCCUAGCAUAGCCAUAUCCUACAACAACAUAGGCUCGGUGUAUCAGAAUAUGGGUGAUUAUCCAAAAGCACUCGAAUACCAUGAGAAAGCGCUUUCGAUUCGACAACAAUCACUUCCUGCAAACCAUCCUAGCAUAGCCACAUCUUUUGGUAACAUCGGCUCGGUGUAUGACAGUAUGGGUGAUUAUCCAAAAGCACUCGAAUACUAUGAGAAAACUCUUUUGAUUGAACAACAAUCACUUCCUGCAAACCAUCCUAGCAUAGCCACAUCUUUUGGUAACAUCGGCUCGGUGUAUGACAGUAUGGGUGAUUAUCGAAAAGCACUCGAAUACUAUGAGAAAACUCUUUCGAUUGAACAACAAUCACUUCCUGCAAACCAUCCUAGCAUAGCCACAUCCCACAACAACAUAGGCAUGGUGUAUAAGAAUAUGGGUGAUUAUCGAAAAGCACUCGAAUACUAUGAGAAAACUCUUUCGAUUCAACAACAAUCACUUCCUGCAAACCAUCCUAGUAUAGCCACAUCCUACAACAACAUAGGCAUGGUGUAUAAGAAUAUGGGUGAUUAUCGAAAAGCACUCGAAUACUAUGAGAAAACUCUUUCGAUUCAACAACAAUCACUCCCUGCAAACCAUCCUAGCAUAGCCACGUCCUACAACAACACAGGCAUGGUGUAUUAUAAUAUGGGUGAUUAUCCAAAAGCUCACUUCUAUUGUGAACGCGCUGUUCAAAUUGCCAAGUGUUCAAUGUUACCAAAUAAUCCGCACCUUUUAACGUACGCAAGAAACCUGGAAUGUGUGAGAAAUGGACUGCAGCACUCUUCUUUUCGUGCUAUAAAAUAA